AGUCCACCGUCCCUCGUUUUUUUUUUGGCUGCAGUGACCGAAUCCUUUCGUUUUUCCAUUACCGAAUACUUGCGAUCUUUUACCCGUUUCCACGGUUCAUCAACCACAGCCUAUGGUCAGAUAUCCCGUCUAGCGACCAUUUUAUUCAUUCUACCUGUCACAUACACGUACACAAAUACGAACGCCCGUCCAAGUCAGCAACUAACUGGCCUGGAUUGUUUUCUUUCUUCGAAACAUCGUUGAAAUCUGAGCUCCACCUCAGGUUUCCGGGUGACUGGAGCCCAUCGAUCACACAUAGUCGAUACAGCACCAUCGAAUUUCUACAGAUCACAUUUAACCACGCCAUUUCCCCCGAAGACUUGAUCUACUCCCACCAAAAUGCGCUCCAACCUCCCCUCUACUCCCGGCCUCUCCCUUCACACCUCGUUCCAACCUCCUCAUGACCGCGCAUGCAGCGACGGCUAUUCCUCGGCCAGCCCUCUCAGCUCCACUACUAACAGUCCCACUUCGUCGCCCACCUCUCCAUUCCGCCGCUUCAACCGUGGUUACCGCCCGACCUCCGACUCCAGGUCCGACACCAGCAGUCGGAGCCAGAGCCCGUUUCGCUUGUCUUCUGUCUUCCGUCGUCCGUCCGUCGUCUUUCUCCGCCAUCGUCUGUCCAAGGUCGAUCUAGCCCUGAGCGAGGAACGCUCCCGAUGUGACGGAGACGCCAUCGAACGACAGGGUCUCGACCUCAUGGAGCCCCGCCCCGUCGACCCGGUCGAGAUCCCAAUGGAUCUGAACGCGAAUAUCUUCUCCUCUGUGGCGGGCGAUCGGUCGUCAGCACAAAGUCAAGCGUCGCGAAUGUCCCAGCCGAGGUUCGUCAUGGGUGGUAUAUUCGAAGUGAUGGAGGGGCGCGCAUAACAUGCUCUCCUUAUUUUCUUUUUUUUCUUCUUCUCGGCUCUUUCUUCAUCUUCUUGGCUCUACUCGUUGCUACCGAUGGAGCGACUUGGUAUAUUUAAUUAGCGAUUCAAGGGUGGUUAUCUUGCUGCAUAUUCGGAACAAGGUGUCUGUAUAAUCAACUGGGUUGAUAGGUUGUUUUGGAGUUUGGGGUCAACGGUCAGCGGCGUCUACCGAUUGAAUAUAGAAGUGAUUCAGUGGUGUUAUUGCGUUUAGAUUCAUAUCCAUGAUGGAUAUACUAUGGUUCUUUCACGGAUGUUCAGGUUUACAUUGAUUGUUCUUGUGAAUAAAGCGAUUCUCUCCU